AUUUGGAUAGAACUCUAACAAAUUUACUUCUUUUUCAAAUCAAACACUUUAACAACCUUAUAUUAUGGGGCUAGUAUUUUUUUUAUUUAUUUUAACAAUGAUGAAAAUAUUGAAAAACAGCAUGGCUUCGCGUUUGAGAUUUUGGGUGAUUUUGCAAGUAGUUUUAGUUAUAUUUUUUGCUAGAUUAUCAUGUAGUUUCGAAGCGAAAUCAGCUAUUGGAGAUCCAGGUAUGAAAAGGGACAAUUUAAGAGUUGCUAUAGAGGCAUGGAAUCAAUGUAAUGAAGUGUAUGAAGAAGCUCCUAAUAUGGGAAGUCCUAGACAUGCUGAUUGUUUUGAUCUCCAAAAAUCAAAUAACAAUAGGACAAAGCUGGUUCACUUGGUGAAUGAGCUUGAUAACAAACUAAGUAUAAAUGAUGCCAAAAGCUUAGGACAAUACUCCCUGAAUGUGGAUAUGUAUGCAGCUUGGAAAGAAUUGUUCUUAGGAUACAAAUGCAAAGUUCAAGAUGAGCCAAAACCAUGGAAUUUUUGGAUGAUCAUGCUCAAGAGUGGCAACAUGGACACAACAGCAGCAAUUUGUCCAAGAAAUGGCUUACCAUCUCAACCAUUUGAUCAAAUACCGCGAUUUCCGUGUUUUGGGAAAGGUUGCAUGAAUAUGCCUAGGAUAUACCAUGAUUAUACCACAUUACAUAGUCAUAGGAAACAUCCAAAGGUGACUAAGUUGAAAGGGGGGUUUCAUGGUACAUGGGAAUUGGAUGCUGAUAUGAGUACAGCGAGGACUCGGAAUGAUACUUCAUUUUUCUCUGUUACUUGGCAUAAGAUUCUUGGAAAAGGAAGCUGGAAAUUUCAUCAUGUGUUGAAGACUUCAUCUAAGUACCCUUGGUUGAUGCUUUACUUGAGGUCUGAUGCAACUACAGGAUUUUCUGGUGGAUAUCAUUAUGAAACAAGAGGCAUGUCAAAAAUAGUCCCAAAGUCACCAAAUUUCAAAGUGAGGUUCACACUAGAUGUGAUAAAAGGAGGUGGUCCAAGGAGCCAAUUCUAUCUAAUGGACAUAGGUAGCUGCUGGAAGAACAAUGGUCAGCCUUGUGAUGGGGAUGUCACCACAGACGUAACGCGUUACAGUGAAAUGAUCAUCAAUCCUGAUAUUCGUGCUGUAUCAUCAGGGUGCAACCCCAAGGAGAAUUUGAAGUUGUGCCCAGUUUACCAUACUUUUGCAAAUGGAACUCGAGUUCAUCGUACUGAUGAGGCUAGAUUUCCCUAUGAUGCUUAUCAUAUGUAUUGCUCCCCGGGCAACGGAAUGUAUCUCGAGGAACCAUUCAAUCACUGUGAUGAAUAUAGCAACCCUCAAGCUCAGGAAAUACUUCAAAUUCUUCCUCAUCCUGUUUGGGGGGAAUAUGGAUACCCAACUAAGAAAGGAGAAGGAUGGAUAGGUGAUGCAAGAACUUGGGAACUUGAUGUUGGGAGACUCUCACAAUCACUUUACUUCUAUCAGGAUCCAUUUACUAAACCAGCUGAGAGGCAUUGGCCAUCUAUUGAUUUGGGAACUGAGAUAUAUGUUAGCAGUAAUGAACUUGCUGAAUGGACUGUUAGCGACUUUGAUAUCAUUGUGACAGAUAAAUAGUUUGAUUUUUCUCUUUGCUAGUUUCACUUUUUGUUAAGAAUAGAGUGUUUUUUUUUUGUUUUUGUUUCUAUUAUCUUUGCUUGUUUCACUUUAUACUCAAGUGGAACUCUCAAGGCUUGGAGAUUAUUUUGUUUUAUGUUUAUGAAACAUCACUUUAGUUACCAACAAAAGCUUUGCUCAA